AUGGAAUCAAAGACAAAUGGCAAUUCAUUGAAACCACUUCAAUCAUCAGAAAAUGAUAAUGAUAAUAUAACUAUAAAUACAGAUUUUUCUAUUACAUCACUAGAACCUGAAGAUGUCGAUUUGGAAUUAAAUAAAAAUUCAAUUCCUACAAUACGACCAUCAAUAGUAGAACCAACCUCUUCAUUAUGGUUUAAAUUUUAUGUUGUAACUUCAAUGAUUGCUAUAUGGAGUUCAUAUACAUUAUUAAUAAAAUAUACUCAAACAAAUGUCUCACAAGAAGAUUUAUAUUUUUCAUGUGCUAUUCCAUUUUUUAGUGAAAUAGUAAAAAUUAUUAUUUGUUUUUUAAUGCUUUUCAAUGAAGUUGGAAUGGAACCAAAAAAAUUUUUUCGUUAUAUUAAUAAUAAUUUAUUAAAAAAACCAAAAGAAUUAUUAAAAUUAAGUCCUCCGGCAUUAUGUUACAUUAUACAAAAUAAUUUAGAUAUUAUUGCAAUGAAAAAUUUACCAGCCGGUGUUUUUCAGGUUACAUCACAAUUAAAAAUAGUUUCAACAGCCAUAUUUAUGGUUAUGUUUUUAAAAAAAAAAAUUUCAACAAAAAAAUGGAUAUGUAUUAUAUUUUGUUUUAUUGGUAUUGCUAUUGUUCAAGUAGGAAAUAUGCAAAAAAAUACUUCAACAAAAGUUGAUGAAAAUGAAAAUCCAAUAAUUGGGUUAAUUUCUAUUGUAAUAGUUUGUGUUGUUGCUGGUUUUGCUGGUGUAUAUUUUGAAAAGAUGCUUAAAGAUGGUUCACAAAAUAGUUUAUGGAUAAGAAAUAUUCAAUUAUAUUUUUGGGGUAUACCAGCUUCUUUUACUUGGAUUUUAAUUGAUAAAGGAUCUCAGGUUUAUGAUAAAGCAGCAAUUGGUGGAAUUUACAUUUCAUUAAUAAUGAAAUAUCUUGACAAUAUUCAAAAAUCUUUUGCAGCAGCAAGUACAAUUAUUGUUGUAACAAUAGUUUCUGUUAUAAUUUUCACAAAUUUUCAAAUAUCUUUCUUAUUCAUUAUAGGUUCAUGUACAACAAUAAGUUCAAUUAUUGCAUAUAAUAAAUUUAGUUAA